AUGGAGGAGCAAGAGCGACCUCGGAAAUUAGCCAAAAUUGACCACGACGAAGAUACCACCCACGAGAUGCUCGGCCCUGCCAUGACUGGAGCUGUUGAUGUUGCUGGCAACGAACCAGAGCCCGAGUGCGCUCAGAUUGGCAAUGAACCUCUCGAUCUCUCAGAAUUUACGGUUCAGAAGGAUAAAAAACCCGGCAAUGAAUCUACACCUCAUGAUGGUGGCGAGGUAGCCGCGCCUGUUAUGUCAAAAAAUCAAAUGAAGAAACUACGCCGCGCGGAAGCUCAUCAGCAAAAGCGCGCGCUUCAAAAGUCCCAGAAGAAGGAAAAGAUCAUACAAAAGCGAGAUCGUCGCAGGGCUAUGGUCGAGGAGGCAAGGGAAAAAGGCGGCGAGGAAGCUGUCAACGAGCUACGCCAGUUAUGGCGAGGCAAGAAAGCCAAGCACACCAGGUCAACACUACUACCUCUGACGUUCGUGAUGGAUUGCGGCUACGACGAGCUCAUGUCUGAUAGAGAGCGCAUCUCAUUGGCUGGCCAGCUCACGCGAUCAUACUCAGACAACAGCCGCGCAGUAUUCAAUGGGCACAUGAUGUUCUCGUCAUUCGACAAACUACUGAAAGAGCGAUUCGACACUGUGUUGGCGUGCCAUAAAAACUGGAAGCGUGUUCGCUUUUUCCAGGAAGACUUUGUGCAUGCUGGUGAAGUGGCUAAAGAACAGAUGACAGCCGCGCGAGGAGGUCAGCUCGCUGGCCCGUUCGCUGAACAAACCGAUGCGACGCCUGAGGACGGGGAAAUCAUCUAUCUCAGCAGUGAUAGUGAGAAUACUUUGACCGAGCUCAAGCCUUACAGCACUUAUAUUGUUGGAGCGCUAGUGGAUAAGAACCGACACAAGGCAGUUUGUUACAACCAGGCGGUUGAGAAGGGAAUCAAAACUGCCAAAUUACCUAUCGGGCAGUACAUCCAAAUGGCCCAUCGUCCGGUACUGGCCACCAACCAUGUCAUUGAGAUCAUGCUUGCAUGGUUGGAGCUUCGUGACUGGGGCAAGGCGUUCAUUAAGGUUAUUCCCACCCGGAAAGGCGGAGCUUUGAGGGAAAACCAGAAAGAGGGCGAUGACAACGCCGAGAAUGACGCUGAAGAUGCGAAUGAGGAAGAGAUGGAAGCAGAGCAGAUGAAGCAGCUGGAUGAUAUUGCCGCCUUUGAGGAAGAAAGCGACGAAAAUGAAGAGAAGGAAUAG